AUGGUGCUGGGCGCGGAUCAAGUGAACCUCAUCGGCCAGGUGUUCGAGUCCUACGUGCUGGAGCACCACAGGGACGACAUCUUGGGCAUCCUGAGGGAGGCCGACGACAAUGCGCACUACCCCGUGGUCGUCGACGCCUUGACGCUCUUUGAGACCAACAUGGAGAUCGGGGAGUAUUUCAACGCCUUCCCCAGCGAGGUCCUCCCGGUUUUUGACAGCGCGCUGCGCCGGGCGGCCCUGGCAGCCCUGCAGGAUGCCGCCGCGGGUUCUCCGCAGCUCAGCCUGAAGCAGAACCUCCAUGCCAGGGUGUCCGGUUUGCCUGUUUGCCCAGAGCUGACUCGAGAGCACAUUCCUAAAGCCAGGGAUGUGGGUCACUUUUUAUCUGUUACUGGGACUGUCAUACGGACCAGUUUGGUGAAAGUUUUGGAGUUUGAACGGAGUUACAUCUGCAAUAAGUGCAAGCAUGUGUUUGCCGUCAAGGCUGACUUUGAGCAGUACUACACAUUCUGUCGUCCAUCAGCCUGUCUUAAUGAAGAAGGCUGCAACUCAACCAAGUUCACUUGUCUCUCCGGAACAACCUCUUCUCCAACUUGCUGCAGAGACUAUCAAGAAAUCAAAAUUCAGGAACAGGUUCAAAGACUGUCUGUUGGAAGCAUCCCUCGUUGUAUGGUAGUUGUUCUAGAAGAUGACCUAGUGGACAGUUGCAAAUCUGGAGAUGACAUCACAGUGUACGGAGUGGUAAUGCAGAGGUGGAAACCUUUCCAUGAGGGUGCACGCUGUGACUUGGAGCUUGUUUUGAAAGCCAACUAUGUUAAAGUAAACAACGAGCAGCUGGCAGGGGUUGUAAUCGAUGAAGAAGUCCGCAAGGAAUUUGAAAACUUCUGGGAAAGGCAUAGGAAUGAUCCCUUUGCAGGGAGGAAUGAAAUUUUGGCUAGCUUAUGUCCUCAAGUUUUUGGAUUGUACCUGGUGAAGCUGGCUGUAGCCAUGGUGCUUGCUGGUGGUGUGCAGAGGACCGAUGCUACUGGAACUCGUAUCAGAGGUGAAUCGCAUCUUUUGUUGGUUGGAGACCCAGGUACAGGGAAAUCUCAGUUUCUCAAGUAUGCAGUAAAGAUCAUGCCACGCUCUGUGCUUACUGCAGGAAUUGGAUCUACAAGCGCAGGAACUGAGAACAAGCUGGAUAAUAUAAGUUUUGCUAAGGGACUGACAGUGAUACGGAGUGAAAUUUUGCCACUCAUUUCAAUGUGA